UCUUCAUGUUCUUGAUUUCUAAAGGAAACCGAAACCUUUCUUUAAAAAAGAAAAAUCAGAGCUGAAAGGAUAUAUAACCCAUGAUUUCUGCAUUCAUAAAAGUGAAAGUAAAAAGAGAAUCAAAAUGGAGAUAGAAAGACAAGAAAAAUAUCCAACUUCAACAACACCAGAAGCAACUGGGGAAAAUGUUACUGAAUCAAGAAUCGUAUUUAGCAAAAAGGAGAUUUUAAAGGAGAUGAAGAAGCAGUUGCUUUUAGCAGGACCGUUGGUGUCAAUUUUCCUCUGCCUAGGCAUUACACAGAUGAUUUGUGUCGUAUUUGUUGGUCAUCUUGGAGAGCUUGCUCUUUCUGGUGCUUCCAUUGCUACUUCUCUCGCUUCAAUGGCAGGUUACACUUUGUUGCGAGGAAUGGGAAGCGCAUUGGAAACAUUCUGCGGUCAAUCCUAUGGAGCGAAACAAUAUCACUCACUUGGCAUACACUUACAAAGAGGAGUCUUUGUUCUUCUUGUUAUGAGCAUUCCAAUUGGAAUUAUAUUUGCUAAUGCAGCUGAAAUUCUCAAAUUCUUGAAACAAAAUCCUGAAAUAGCAAAUGAGGCAGGAAAAUAUGCUUAUUUCUUGAUACCAGGUUUUUUUAGUUUGUCACUUCUUGAAUGUCAUAUCAGAUUCCUACAAACGCAAAACAAAGUAGUUCCAUUGAUGGUUACCUCAGGAAUUGCUACAUUACUACACAUACCCAUUUGUUGGGUUCUUGUUUUUAGAUCUAGCCUCAAAGAAAUGGGGGCUGCAUUGGCAAGCACCAUCUGUUUUUGGAUAAUUGCAUUACAACUGAUGAUUUAUGUCUACUUCUCUCCAUCCUUCAAGGAAACUUGGACAGGUUUUUCAAAAGAAGCAUUCCAUGGAAUUCCCAAGUUUUUAAAACUAGCAAUUCCUGCAACUGUAAUGCUUAGUUUGGAAGUAUGGUCACUUGAGACAGUGGUUUUAUUAUCAGGACUUCUUCCAAACCCUAAGCUUGAAGCAUCAGUCCUGUCUAUCAGCUUUAAUAUACACAUGCUGACUUACAUGAUACCUUUUGGUCUCAGUGGUGCAAUAAGCACAAGAGUUUCAAAUGAACUGGGUGCUGGGCGACCGCAAUCAGCACGUCUAGCAGUGUAUGUUGUGGUAAUCUUGGUUGUGAUAGAAGGCAUUGUUAUAGCUACUAUGAUGGUUUCGGGUCGAAAAGUUGUCGGCUACUUGUUUACCAAGGAACAACGACUGGUGAAUUAUGUGGGAGAAAUGUUACCAUUUCUUGCAGUAUCCCAUUUCAUCAAUGGCAUUCAAACUGUUCUUUCAGGAACUUGCAGAGGCUGUGGGUGGCAAAAGAUUGGAGCAAUUGUUAAUUUGGGAUCCUAUUACAUUGUUGGAAUUCCUUCAGCUGUAUUAUUAGCUUUUGUCUAUCAUAUUGGAGGAAAGGGCCUCUGGAUUGGGAUUACAAUGGCAAUGUUUGUGCAAGCAAUUUCUCUUGCAAUCAUAACUUCAUGCACAGAUUGGGAAAAACAGGCAAAGAAAGCCAAGAACAGAGUAUUUGGUGCAAUGACAGUGACAGAUGGUGAUGCAUUGUCAUAAAAAUAUUACCAAUAACUUGUGUUGGAGUUAGAUUCUCAAGAAUGUAAAUUUUGGAACAUUGAAACAGAAAAAAAAAAAAAAUUUCAUUGAAGAAGUAAAAGUAGGAUAUUAUUGAAGGAGUCAAAAUGUUAUAAAAUGUUAGUGACACAGUUUCAAUUCGUCCAAUACAUAGUGAAUAUGGAGUAACCGGAAAUGCCCGCUCCGAUCAAUUCCAUUCAGUUUGUUCAUAUAAACUGGAAAUUGUUCGUAAUCUCUAUAUGUUUCUAGAAUUUGGGAUUUAGAGAUAUGAAAAUGGCGUCUAUUAUUGUUAUCUA